AAGAAGAACGCGUCCAAGAAAGCGAGGUCAAGUUUCUCUCUCUCUCUCUCUUCUAUCUCCUUUAUUUAUUCUCUCCAUUCUUCUCUACACGCAGCUCUUCAAAACCCUAGAAAUUCUCGAAGCUCGCGUCGUGAUUUCGUCUGGCUUGUAUAAGAAUCAUUUGAGAUUCGAAGCUUCGGAGAGAUGUCAUCGUUGAGCCGAGAGCUGGUGUUUCUCAUACUGCAGUUUCUCGAGGAAGAGAAAUUCAAGGAGUCUGUGCACAGGCUAGAGAAAGAGUCAGGGUUCUUCUUCAACACAAAGUACUUCGACGAGAAAGUUCUUGCUGGAGAGUGGGAUGAAGUGGAGAAGUACUUGUCUGGCUUUACCAAGGUUGAUGAUAACAGAUACUCCAUGAAGAUUUUCUUCGAGAUUAGGAAGCAGAAGUAUCUCGAGGCUCUUGAUCGGCAAGAUAAGGCCAAAGCAGUUGAGAUAUUGGUGCAGGACUUGAGAGUCUUCUCCACUUUCAACGAGGAUCUCUACAAAGAGAUCACUCAGCUUUUAACUUUACAGAACUUCAGGGAAAAUGAUCAGCUUUCCAAAUACGGAGACACUAAAACAGCUCGGACCGUGAUGCUAGCAGAAGUAAAGAAACUAAUCGAAGCAAAUCCUCUUUUUCGUGACAAAUUGACGUUCCCUACAUUACGAUCUUCCAGACUGCGGACUCUCAUUAAUCAAAGUCUUAAUUGGCAGCACCAGCUGUGCAAAAAUCCUAGGCCAAACCCAGAUAUUAAAACUCUAUUCACAGACCACACGUGCGCAGUUCCCAAUGGUCCUCUGGCACCUUCAUCAGUCAAUCAGCCUGUUACAACUUUGACGAAGCCAACAGCUUUUCCGUCACUUGGAGCUCAUGGUCCCUUUCCUCCUGGUUCUGCUGUUGCUGCUGCUGCUAAUGCUGGCGCUUUAGCUAGUUGGAUGGCUGCUGCCUCUGGUGCUUCUGCUGUCCAAGCUGCCGUUGUUACACCUGCGCCUAUGCCUCUACAUCAGAAUCAAGUGGCAAUCUUGAAGCGACCAAGAACACCACCAGCAACUCCAGGUAUAGUAGAUUAUCAGAAUCCGGAUCAUGAACUAAUGAAGCGUCUCCGCCCUGCCCCAUCUGUGGAGGAGGUGACAUAUCCUGCUCCUAGGCAACAAGCUCCAUGGUCGCCGGAAGACUUGCCAUUAAAGGUGGCUCUAGCGUUGCAUCAAGGGGCAACUGUGACAAGCAUGGAGUUUCACCCUAUGCAAAAUACGUUACUUCUCGUCGGAUCUGCGACGGGAGAAAUCACAUUGUGGGAACUCGCUGUUCGAGAGAAGCUGGUUUCAAGGCCGUUCAAAGUAUGGGAUAUGACUAAAUUCACAAAUCAGUUUCAGGCUUUGAUAGCUAAGGAAACACCAAUUUCAGUCACCCGUGUUGCAUGGAGUCCAGAUGGAAAUUUCAUUGGGGUUGCCUAUUCGAAACAUCUUGUUCACUUGUAUGCUUUCUCUGGACCUAACGAUCUUCGCCAGCAUGCUGAGAUCGAUGCCCAUGUGGGUGCUGUGAACGACUUGGCUUUCGCUAUUCCGAACAGACAGCUAUGCGUAGUUACUUGCGGAGACGAUAAGCUAAUCAAGGUAUGGGAUGUUCAAGGUCGAAAGCAUUUUACCUUUGAAGGUCAUGAGACUCCUGUUUAUUCCAUUUGUCCUCAUCACAAAGAGAACAUUCAGUUCAUAUUUUCAACGGCCAUAGAUGGGAAGAUAAAGGCCUGGCUUUAUGACAAUAUGGGUUCCAGAGUUGACUAUGAUGCUCCCGGUAAAUGGUGUACUACGAUGCUUUACAGCGCUGAUGGGUCUAGAUUGUUCUCUUGUGGAACGAGUAAAGAUGGAGAUUUUUUCCUAGUUGAGUGGAAUGAAAGUGAAGGGUCGAUUAAAAGGACCUAUCUUGGGUUUCAUAAAAAAUUGGCUGGUGUGGUUCAGUUUGAUACCUCAAAGAACCACUUUCUGGCUGUUGGUGAAGAUGGGCAAGUCAAGUUCUGGGAUAUGGACAACAUCAAUGUUCUGACUAGCACUGAUGCUGAGGGUGGACUUCCGGCUCUUCCUCGUGUGAGAUUUAACCGGGAAGGUAAUCUUCUAGCCGUUUCUACGGCAGAUAACGGAUUUAAGAUCCUAGCAAACACAGCUGGUUUCCGAUCUCUGAGAGCCAUGGAAGCUUCUGCUUUUGAAACGAUGAGGAAUCCAGUCGAUUCUUCCUUAACCAAAGCUGUUCCUGGUGCUCCUGUUGCGUCUGUCAGCUGUAAAAUAGAACGAGGCUCUCCUGUUAGACCCUCACCUAUCCUGAAUGGAAUUGAUCCCCCGAAGCCAAGAAUAGACGACUCGACGGACAAACCAAGACCUUGGCAAUUAGCUGAAAUAUUGGACCAUGCCCAGUGUCGCCAGGCUACUUUACCCGAUACCGCUGGUUCUUCCGUAAAGGUCGUCCGGCUUCUGUAUACUAAUUCCGGCGCUGGAAUCUUGGCUCUGGGUUUGAACGGUAUUCAGAGGCUCUGGAAGUGGGUUCGCAGUGAGCAGAACCCUAGUGGAAAGGCAACUACUGCUGUUGCUCCUCAGCAAUGGCAACCAAACAGUGGUCUUCUCAUGGCCAACGAUGUCUCUGGUGUAAACCUUGAAGAGUCUAACCCAUGCAUCGCUCUCUCUAAGAACGACUCAUACGUCAUGUCUGCUGCUGGAGGAAAAGUCUCGUUGUUCAACAUGAUGACUUUUAAGGUGAUGACAACAUUCAUGCAACCUCCACCGGCUUCAACAUUUUUGGCGUUCCAUCCUCAGGACAACAACAUCAUUGCCAUUGGAAUGGAGGACUCCACUAUUCACAUCUACAAUGUCCGAGUGGAUGAGGUCAAAUCAAAGCUAAAGGGUCACCAGAAACGCAUCACUGGCUUAGCAUUUUCGACAACACUCAAUAUCUUGGUUUCGUCUGGUGCUGAUGCUCAGAUAUGCUUUUGGAGCAUUGACACAUGGGAGAAGAGAAAAUCCGUAGCAAUACAAAUGCCAGCAGGAAAAGCCGCCAGUGGAGACACGCGUGUACAGUUUCAUGUGGAUCAGAUCCGUAUCCUUGCAGUCCACGAGACACAACUAGCGAUAUUUGAUGCUUCCAAGAUGGAAUGUAUCCGACAGUGGAUUCCUCAAGACUCGUUGUCUGCUCCUAUAUCUUCAGCAGUGUAUGCCUGCAACAGCCAGUUGAUCUACGCCACUUUCCGUGAUGGUAACAUUGGAGUGUUUGACGGAGACAGUCUUAGGUUAAGAUGUCGUAUCUCUCCAUCUGCCUACUUUCCUCAAGGGAACCAAGGCUUGUCUCCUCUAGUUGUGGCGGCUCACCCUCAAGAGCCAAACCAGUUUGCUGUUGGUCUGAAUGAUGGGUCUGUUAAGGUGAUAGAACCGAGCGAGGCUGAAGGCAAAUGGGGGAUGGUUCCACCCUCUGAAGCCAUCAACACGUCGCCAUCCACCACAAACAACCAAACUCAAGAACAGUUACAAAGAUGAACGAACUAUAAUGGCUUUACUCAUAAUUAUCCAUGUAAUUAGUUUCAAAUAUUGACUCUUCAGGUUUGUUGAUUAGUUAGUGUUUGUUACUGAUUAUUAUUUAGGUUUCAGCAGUGGUAUUAGGUCUUCGAAUGUAGUCUUAGUUUGAAGAUUGUUAAGACAAUGACAUUGGUAAGAAAUAAAGUUUGUAUAAGACCA